AUGCCUUUUCUAGGUUUGAGCGGCCGCUUCUUUGUUACCACUCUCCCAGCAUUUUUUCAUGCAAAAGAUGGAAUAUUCCGCCGUUAUCGAGGUCCAGGAAUCUAUGAAGACUUACAGAAUUACAUCUUAGAGAAGAAAUGGCAAUCAGUUGAGCCUCUGACUGGCUGGAAGUCCCCAGCCUCUCUAACGAUGUCUGGAAUGGCUGGUCUUUUUAGCAUAUCUGGAAAGAUUUGGCACCUUCACAACUAUUUCACAGUGACGCUGGGGAUCCCUGCAUGGUGUUCUUACAUCUUUUUCGUCAUUGCCACUUUGGUGUUUGGCCUCUUCAUGGGUCUGGUCCUGGUGGUGAUCUCAGAAUGCUUUUAUGUGCCUCUUCCAAGAGCUUCAUCUGAACACUGCGAGCAGGGUCAGAGGCCCAAGGAGGCUCAAGGAGCUAAACAGCUACAGGAUGAAGAGGAAGAAAAGGAUGACUCAAAUGAAGAAGAAAACAAAGACAGUCUUGUGGAUGAUGAAGAAGAGAAAGAGGACCUUGGAGAUGAGGAUGAAGCAGAAGAUGUUGAAGAGGAGGACAACCUGCCAGGCAGUAUGGAUGAGGAAAGAAGUGACACCAAAUACCAAGGAGUCAUGAAGGAGCGCAGUGUGUCCCAAGAGGAACUUGAAUCCAAUGAAGCUCAUCCAGCCAACACACAGGAGGUGAUAGAAGACUCACUGAGGCAGCGCAAGAGCCAGCAUGCCAACAAGGGGCCAUAGGAUGCAUGGUGCCGUUUCUAAAAAUACAGGCCACAAAAAAUAAGUCUGCUUCUGUCUGGUCUGCAGUUUAAGCCAAAUUCUUAGGGUUUGUUUGCUUGUUUGUUUGUUUGUUGUUUGUUUUGGGGGGACUGAAUGAGCAGUGUUCAUUUUUUGAAGAUGGUUGAUCUCUGGUCCUGUGGUUACAUGGUAGUAAGCCCCACUGUCCUAACGAGAGUACAGCAUGCAGCCACCACGUUGUUAGGAUCUUUGUGGGGACUUAAGUGGAGAAUAAGUUGAUGUGCUUGAGGGCCAAAGAGUCAAUCAGAGGACUUCUCUUCAGUCCUCAUUAGCACUUUUAGAAGUGAGGCUGCUGGCCUAAUAAGGUGAGAGGAAAGUCACAUUAUUUCAGAGCACCCUUAAAGUACAGGAGGUGUCUGAGUCUUCAUUUUUGAACAUUUGUUUUUGUCACAUUAGAAACAUCUGUUAUCACGGCCGACAAACACUGUCUUGGGGCUAGAAAUUGCAGGAGACCUGGAUACAGAUACAACCUUAAAAAGGAGCUCUGGUUGCUGUUGUCUUUUAUUUCUUAGCUUUAAUUCCUGUGACUCUACCUCUGUGGACCUAAAGCCUCCCCACAGUCACAAGUGUUCUACAGUGAAGGCACAGACAGUGGUCAGUCUGCAUCCACUGCUGUCAUUCGAUUUAGAGCUCUAGGUAAUCAGCAACCACAGCUGAGGAGGCCAAGACUGCCAAGUAUCUCAAAGACAUGCUAUAGUCCCUGAAAAAUAGGUAGUAGAGGCUUCAUAAGACAGGUAUGAACAACUUGUUUACGUCAACCUGUAGUACUUACAGGGUAACUUCUUCAAGAGUUCCUUCAGCCACAUUCUUUGUUUUUCUGAACCCAGAGUGCUCAUAGUUUUAUCACUACAAGGUAGCUUGGUAAAGGUGACUUCAGGUUUGUGGGGUUUAGUUUCCAUCUCAAGGGUUCUCUGUCUCUGGAAGCACUUUAAUAACAACUGAUAAGGUAUGUCUGCUUUGCUUUCAGUGAUGUGCUCUUUGUGAAAAAAUGAUGAAAAUCAAUAUCAGGAGGUAAAAUAUUUGAUUUAUUUCUGUCUCCCUUAGUCCUCUAGAGAAUUGUAUUAUAAAAUCUCUCCCUACUCAAUCUGAUAUCAGUAUCAAGGAACCAAGCUUCCUUUAAAAAAAAAAUCUUGCCAUCUCUUCUCUUACUUUCUUUUGUUUGAGAAUAAGUCCAUAAAAUUAGAUUCUAGCUACAUGAAAGAUGACUAAAGUCAAUCUUAUUCCCCUUGGUCGAGUCAGAAUAAUGGCUACAGGUUUAUGAAAUUUAAAAUGAUUGUAUCAUUUUAAAGAAGGGAUAUGUGGUAUAUUUUCUGGCUGCUUAGAUAAUUCUUUGCCUGCAUUAACUGCCAACAGGAGGCUUAGUGGUGGUGGGGCUUCAGAAUAUGUCCUCCUGUACUGCAUGAGGCUGCUGCUAACCUUGCACAAAGAAAGAUAUUGUGACAAAUCAUUUUUAUUAAUGUUUUUAUUUCAUCUUUGUAACUUAACUAACUAUCAGUUCAAAGCUGAGGCUAUCACAAAACUGCUUACUCUCCCAUGUUUUGGCCCUUCUGACACUUCCUUUCUAUGAGGCUCAUGUCUGUGCUCUGUGAAGUACCCUUCUCCAGUUGACAUGCUGGAUUUUAAGGGGAUGUUUGACAAGAGAGAAGGCGUGAAGAAUUAGUCUGCCUUGGCAUUUAUAAAUGAUUCACAACCAGUUUCCAGUUGGACCCCAAAAAACUAUUUAAUUAUACAAUGAGAUAAUAUGUUUCCUUUCUGAAUAAUACAUAAAAGAAAUCAGAGGCUGGGAAAAAAAGUUAUGGAUAAGAAGUUCCAGUCCAAUAAAAUUAUAUUUAUCUGUAGGAGUCAUUUUUCCUAGAUUUCUGUUUCUAACAUCCUGGAAAAAAAAUUGAGUUUCUGGUAAAUAGUCCAGAAAUUAUUUAGCUAAUUUAAUUUCUUUACAUUUGAAGACUUUAGAUUUAUUUUCAGUAUUUAGUUAAUAUAAAAUUAAAGGAAAAUCAACUUAAACUUAGAUCAACAUUUAAUAUAACUUUAUUUUUUUGUGUACAUAAUAAAUUUAUCCAGAAGUUAAAUGCAUGGAAACAUGAUUUUAUAAAACAAAACUAACCAUGCUUCCCCUCCAUUGCCAUAUCUGCUCUUGUAGGAUGCUAUUUUCUGUAUGUUAAAAUCGGGUGAAUGAGAUAGCAUUUGUGGAAUGAGGGUGUGCAGUGCUUUAUGUACAGGUAGUUAGAGUAAGGUGCCUUGUUCUUCACUCGAAUAUAUGAACAUGCCAGUUAAACCUCUUUAAAUUUUUUUCUUUUACUAUUCACCUCCUUAACUGAAUCACACCAGCUUGCUUAGAAUCUCAUGGAAGCAAUGCUCAGGCAAUUUCACUUUUUUGUUGUUGUUAUUGUCUUCUUUUGAAAGCUAAUCAUGGCACAUGUAAGGGACGGCGCGUUCACUGCCCAGGCCAUUGCAUGGAAUCACUGCAGUCUUGUCCUGCACAUGGGAUCUACACUGGCUAUCUAUAGUAACUAGUGUAAUUGAAGGCAGACAAGCUUGACGCAGAUAAGCUUUGGGCAGCUGAAUAAUCUACAGGGUUAGUUUUGAGGAUCAAAUACUGGCUGAUAAUUAUGAUAUUGCCACAUGGUUUGAGUCUAUGUAAGCUUGAAUAAGUGCAUCUUGUAGCAUCUAUGGGAAGUGUGGGGGGAAUUAAAGUGUUAGUGAAGAGAAUAUCUACCAAGUGGCUUUUUGUAAGAUAGGAAACAAUAGAGUCCAAAGGGAACUUUUAAGAGAUUGAAAAGGGGGAAUAAUAUUUCAGCAUAAAAUCCUAAAUUUGAAUAAAAGAAAGAAGAGGAGAUUGGUGCUGUUGCUGGUGUGUGCAGAUUUUCUGGGUUCUUCCUUUUAAUGUUCCACUGUUUUUCCUGUCAGUAUUGUAGAUGUGUGAUGACUUGCCUGUCAAAUUUAUCAACUGUUGAGAAAGUAAUAGUGUAAAUCUUUGUGCCAACGAAACCUCUGCCAGUGUUGUGUCUCUUUACCUCAUUCUUGUAUUUGGUCCUGUCAAGAUUGUAGCUUGUCUGACAGAAGCCACAGCGGAGUCUGAUGAAACUUGCCAGGUCAGUUUUUUGAGCAGCUACCCAAAGCCGGAGGCCCAGCUUCUCAGCCUUGGACAGCUUCAGCCUAGCCCGUAAACCUCAGUGGCAUACUCUCUAACAGUGUGUGUAGACUGGGAUGCUGUUCACAUGUGGCUUUGGAUCAUUUCUAAUGUGACGGAAUUUUAUUUGUCUCUUGACAGCUUUGUAGAAAUGCAAUUUUUAUAGUAAAGACAUUGUUCAUUUGGAAGUCAA